AUGGCGCGCUUACUGCCAAAGAAGAACAAUCCCCACAUCCUCCCACCGGAGACUCCUACCUACGAGGAACUCUUGCGGUGCCGACGUUUGGGAAAAACAAAUCUCACGGUGAGACCUACAGUGAUCGGUACGUCGAAUGCGACAAAGCCGGAGAACCUUGGACCCUUCGAAUAUGCGCAUUUGCGCGUGAAGCUGCCCAGGGACCUCAAAGGCUCUGAAAUAUUUCCUUCACAUAACACCCAGCAACAACCGGAGACGUACUUUUUGAUGCGACGCAGCAAAGAUGGAUACGUCAGCGCUACCGGGAUGUUUAAAAUUGCCUUCCCCUGGGCAAAAUUGGAGGAGGAGCGGACUGAGCGUGAAUAUGUGAAGGCUCGUAAGGAAACCAGCGAGGAUGAAAUCGCCGGAAAUGUUUGGAUCUCGCCAAUACUAGCUCUCGAGUUAGCAAAGGAGUAUCAGAUGUAUGAUUGGGUACGAGCAUUGCUUGAUCCCACCGAGAUUGUACAGACCCCAUCCAGUACGAAGAAGCACAUGCAGAUCACCCCACCUCCUCGAUUCGAUUUGCCCCCGAUUGAAGCACCAGCCCAGCUUACUGCGGCACCGCGCCUGCGAAGAGGCCGGUCUGCUUCCCCCAGCAAAAAGCUCCCUUCCCCACAAAAGCUCUCUUCCCCGCGCAAGGCAAGGAGCACGAGAGCUAGGGAAGUCAAGGACGUGAAGGAGGCAACCAGUGAGGCAAAUGCAAACCUUCAGUCUGCCUUGGAUGCUACAGCCGAGUCCGGAUCGGUCAAUGGCACCAUCCAACCCAGUGUGGAACGCGAUGAAGAGAGAGUGGCCCCUACUCCCAAGAAGUCUGCGUCAACACCAAAGUCCACGAAGACACCCAGAGCUGCCCGGGCAAAGGAGCUUAAGGAGCUGAAGGAGCUCAAAGAGGUCGAGGAGGUCGAGGAGGUCGAGGAGACCAAGGAGACCAAGGAGACCAAGGAGACCAAGGAGACCAAGGAGGAGAAUGUCAAACUGGAGGUUGGAACUAAUGCCGACGAAGCCAAAGAUGUACAAACGACCCAGACCACCGUCUCGGUGGAAUUACCCGUUUCUCUCCUUCCGGAUGCUCCAUCUGCGGAAGAUACCGAACAAAUGAUUGCCAAGGCCAAGGAAAUGGUAGAAGAGGCUGCUAAGCUUCAGAGCACAGAGGAGGAGCCCGUGCCAUCGUCAUCAAAGGCUGCUAAGAAGCGCAACAUCGAAGAAGCGCUCAGUGACGACGAGGAGGACGAAGAAACAAAGGCCCUGCGGACCAAGAGGGCAAAGGUCUUGGAAGAGAAGUUGAAGCGUGAACGUGUUAGGAACCGCGCUCUUGUCGGCGUCACUGCUGCUUUUGCACUUGCGGCUUCCAUUCCUUAUUUCUUUUAG